AUGGGUACACUUCGAGACCUGCAGUUUGCCCUGCAACUGAAGAUUGAGGAGCUUCGCCAGAGGGAUACACUCAUUGAUGAGCUAGAGCUGGAGUUGGAUGCCAAGGACGACUUGAUUCGAAGGCUGCAGGGUGAACUGGACCGGUACAGGGCAACCAUCACACCCCCAGGGUCUUCUGGAGCUAGUGAAGGUAAGACAUUAUGCAGAAAAUACAUCCACAUUUCAGGCAAUGUUUUUAUUUUAUGCUCUUAUACAUUUUAUUUAUCACAUACAGUGCCUUCAGAAAGUAUUCACACCCCUUUACUUUUUCCAUAUUUCGUUUCGUUACAGUCUGAAAUUAAAAUUGAUUAAUUUGAGAUUUUGUGUCACUGACCUACUUUUACAGAUUAAUUAAAAAUGAAAAGCCCCUUUGUUAUGGCAAGCCUAAAUAAGUUUGGGAGUAAAACUGUGCUUAACAAGUCACAUAAUAAGUUGCAUGGACUCACUCUGUGUGCAAUAAUAGUGUUUAACAUGAUUUUUGAAUGACUAUCACAUCUCUGUACUCCACACAUACAAUUAUCUGUAAGGUCCCUUAGUCGAGCAGUGAAUUUUAAACACAGAUUCAACCACAAAGACCAGGGAGGUUUUCCAAUGCCUCACAAAGAAGGCACCUAUUGGUAGAUGGGUAAAAAAAACAGACAUUGAAUAACCCUUUGAGCAUGGUGAAGUUAUUAAUUACACUUUGGAUGGUGUAUCAAUACACCCAGUUACUACAAAGAUACAGGCGUCCUUCCUAACACAGUUGUCGGAGAGGAAGGAAACCGCUCAGGGAUUUCAUGAGGCCAAUGGUGACUUUAAAACAGUUACAGAGUUUAAUGGCUGUGAUAGAAAAAAAAUGAGGAUGGAUCAACAACAUUGUAGUUACUCCAAAAUACUAACUAAAUGACAGAGUGAAAAGAAGGAAACCUGUACAGAACUAAAGUAAAACUGCAAAGAAUGUGGCAAAGAAAUUAUCUUUAUGUCCUAAAUACAAAGCAUUAUGUUUGGGGCAAAUCUAACACAACACAUCACGGAGUACCACUCUUAAUAUCUUCAAGCAUGGUGGUGGCUGCAUCAUGUCAUGGGUAUGCUUGUCAUCGGCAAGGAUUAGGGAGUUUUUUAGGAUAAAAAUAAAUUGAAUAGAGCUAAGCACAGGCAAUAUCCUAGAGCAAAACUUGGUUCUGUCUGCUUUCCAACGGACACUUGGAGACAAAUUCACUUUUCAGCAGGACAAUAACCUAAAACACAAGGCCAAAUAUGCUUACCAAGACAACAUUGAAUGUUCCUGAGUGGCCUAGUUACAGUUGUGACUUAAAUCGGCUUGAAAAUCUAUGGCAAGACUUGAAAAUGGGUGUCUAGCAAUGAUGAACAACCAACUUGACAGAGCUUGAAGAAUAAAAAAAAUAAAAAAGUCCAAAUAUUGUACAAUCCAGGUGUGCAAAGCUCUUGAAGACUUACCCAGAAUGUCUCACCGCUGUAAUCGCUGCCAAAAGUGAUUCUAACAUGUAUUGACUCAGGGGUGUGUAUACUUAUGUAAAUUAGAUAUUUCAUUUUCAAUACAUUUGCAAAAAUGUUUUCACUUUGUCAUUAUGGGGUAUUGUGUGUAGAUGGGUGAGAAAAAAACAUCUAAUUUUGAAUUCAGGCUGUAACACAACAAAAUGUGGAGUAAGUCAAGGGGUAUGAAUACUUUCUGAAGGCGCUGUAUUUCUAUAUGUGCUGACGUAGGAUACAUUGUAUCUAAUGUCUGAAUAUUAUGAAUCAUAGUGUAAAUACUCUACAUUUGGCUAUUUGUUGUUUUAGACUUGAAUUGUGCUCCUUAUAUGUUGCUCAAAGAAAGUGAGCAGAGCAAAAUUGAUUUGUUUUCCUGUUUCAGGGCAUUCUGCAGAGUGUGAAGAGAUCCAGAGAGCCAAAAGAAAGACCAUAUUAUCAGAGCCCCUCACUCUGGAUCCAAGGCAACUUGCUCUGACCACCCUGAAAAGCUACAACAAAAGCCAACAGUGAGAGAACACACCAAGGACACCAUUAGCCUUGGCAACAUUCCCUUUUACCUGUUCCACUUGAGAAAUGUGCUCUGAAAGGCCCGUAAGGCUGAUCAAGUGGUACAUGCACAGACACAAACGUCAAUAAUGAUUUUCAUUGAUUUAUACACACUGUAUGAAACUUGGCUCAAGGCUUUAGAGUCUUUGUUGUCAAACACUAGCCACAGUGAAAUUACUUAUUGAUUGCCUCACACACUCUUUACUCCUUCAGGUCACAGGAGCUGAUUCAGACCUCCUUUUUAGAGAAUGACUUUCUAAAGAACCUGGAGAGUGGGCAAAUCCUGGCUAUAAUGGACUGCAUGUACCCCACCACGGUCAACCAAGGCUGCUGCGUCAUUCAAGAGGGAGACAGUGGAACUCUUGCCUAUGUUCUAGAAGGUAACAAGUUAAAUCAACAGUGGUUUAAAAGUGGUGGAUUGGGAAUACAGCCACUUCAAGGUCCAAACCCUGUUGUCUUCUUGAAAUUCCAUGUAUAGCCCCACUCUCAAAAAGAGGACUUAAGUAUUCCCAAAGUCCCCAAUGUAUAGUAAUUGCUCGAGGCGUUUUGGUGAAUUAUUCAUCGAGCACUUGGUCUCCGCAAUCUAAGAGCAGGCAGCUCAUGGUCUUUAAUGUAUGUUGGUUAUUCGUUUUUUAAGUUAGCUCAGAGAUGUCCCCCUCCUUAUUUCCUCCUCCCUCUGGCUCAAGUUGAAUUGGUAUGCUCCUCUGUUAGUGCCGGCACUGCUUUCUGGCGCAAUGAGGGAGACUGUUAGAAUGACCUGUUUCUGGAAGGAGAGAGGGAGAGAUGGUGUUGUGCAUGAUAAGCGGCAUACAUCAUGUUUAAUGUCAGAUAGGGACAGGGCAAGAGGCCCAUUCGCGAUCGGCCCUGGUUUGCAAUGCUCAUUGAUGCUGGAGCUCAGGCAUUUCUCCGACUACCCUCAUAUCUGAUCUGACACGCAAUCGGGCACGGUUGUCCAAUUUGCUUUUCUUGUUACCUGAGCCCUAGACUGUUUCUGUUUCUGCUGUGCUGUUGUAGAUUAAAGUGUCUCUACCUGACACAUGGCAUAUCUCAGACAGCUGCGUUCAUCUGAUGGUGUCAGUCACACUCCCUGUCAGCUCCUGCAGCUGGGAGCUGGGUGAGGGGGGCUGAGCUAACGUGUGGUCACACCUCCUCAGCUUCCGCCCUGCUGUUUGUAUGGGAUGCCUCAGACUGCCAUCACCGUCCUUUACCAUCUUCCUCUGAAGGAGAUCAAACAGCAGCUGCACUGUCACACACACACACACAUAGCCUACACGCACAUGCCAAUGGCAUAAACACGCACACGCACAUGCAAACGUAAACAUGCACAAAGGUAAACACAUACAUGCAUACUUAAACACAAGCACACCACAUAUUCCUGCAACAUCACUGGUGCACUUUGAUUUCAAGCAUUUGUAAUCUGUUGAUAACGAUAUAUUCUGUAUUUGCUGCAUUGUAUGUUUGUGUUUAAAUGGGCAUUUAACAGAGGGGAAGAUGGAGAUGACCAAGGAUGCCAAGAAGCUACUCACAAUUGAACCAGGAAGAGUGUUUGGAGAAUUGGCACUCCUGUACAACUGCAACUACACCUACACUAUAACAGGUACUGGAGUGUUGUGCAUGGAGUGCUGUGUAGUGUGGUUGUUCUAUUCUAUUGUAACAACAGCUGAAGUAAAUGCAAAACAUGUCAUCUAGAAAUCCUUUCACAAUUUUGCUGUGCUUGGAUAGAUUUUUAAUUGGUCUAAAAAAUUAUUGUUCAAGAGAGCAUCACAAUCACAGACCAGCCUAUUCAUCACAGCUGAGUAGAUUAGCUGUCAGAUUGGGAAAUUCUGUAGAAUUUCAAAUCAAAAUAACUUUUUCAAACACUACAUUACAGCUUCAAACACUCCUCUCCUCUGAGAUGUGCGGAAUACAAAACACAUCUUGCUUUGGUUCAUAAGUAUACAGUUGAAGUCGGAAGUUUACAUACACCUUAGCCAAAUAUUUUUAUUUAUUUAUUUUAUUUCACCUUUAUUUAACCAGGUAAGCCAGUUGAGAACAAGUUCUCAUUUACAACUGCGACCUGGCCAAGAUAAAGCAAAGCAGUGCGAUAAAAACAACAGCACAGAGUUACAUAUGGGGUAAAAAAACAUAAAGUAAAAAAAUACAACAGAAAAUAUAUAUACAGUGUGUGCAAAUGUAGCAAGUUAUGGUGGUAAGGCAAUACAUUUAUACAUUUAAACUUUUUCACAAUUCCUGACAUUUAAUCCUAGGAAAAAUUCCCUGUUUUAGGUCAGUUAGGAUCACCACUUUAUUUUAAGAAUGUGAAAUGUCAGAAUAAUAGUAGAGGGAAUUAUUUAUUUCAGCUUUUAUUUAUUUCAUCACAUUCCCAGUAGGUCAGAAGUUUACAUACACUCAAUUAAUAUUUGGUAGCAUUGCCUUUAAAUUGUUUAACUUGGGUCAAAUGUUUCAGGUAGACUUUCACAAGCUUCCCACAAUAAGUAGGGAGAAUUUUGGCCCAUUCCUCCUGACAGAGCUGGUGUAACUGAGUCAGGUUUGUAGGCCUCCUUGCUUGCACACGCUUUUUCAGUUCUGCCCACACAUUUUCUAUAGGAUUGAGGUCAGGGCUUUGUGAUGGACACUCCAAUAACUUGACUUUGUUGUCCUUAAGCCAUUUCUCCACAACUUUGGAAGUCUGCUUGGGGUCAUUGUCCAUUUGGAAGACCCAUUUGCGACCAAGCUUUAACUUCCUGACUAAUGUCUUGAGAUGUUGCUUCAAUAUAUCCACCUAAUUUACCUUCCUCAUGAUGCCAUCUAUUUUGUGAAGUGCACCAGUCCCUCCUGCAGCAAAGCACCCACACAGCAUGAUGCUGCCACCCCGUGCUUCACGAUUGGGAUGGUGUUCUUCGGCUUGCAAGAUACCACCUUUUUCCUCCAAACAUAACAAUGGUCAUUAUGGCCAAACAGUUCUAUUUUUGUUUCAUCAGACCAGAGGACAUUUCUCCAAAAAGUAUGAUCUUUGUCCCCAUGUGCAGUUUCAAACCGUAGUCUGGCUUUUUUAUGGCGGUUUUGGAGCAGUGGCUUCUUCCUUGCUGAGCGGCCUUUCAGGUUAUGUCGAUAUAAGACUUGUUUUACUGUGGAUAUAGAUACUUUUGUACCUGUUUCCUCCAGCAUCUUCACAAGGUCCUUUGCUGUUGUUCUGGGAUUGAUUUGCACUUUUCCCACCACAGUACGUUCAUCUCUAGGAGACAGAACGAGUCUCCUUCCUGAGCGGUAUGACGGCUGCGUGGUCCCAUGGUGUUUAUACUUGCGUACUAUUGUUUGUACAGAUGAACGUGGUACCUUCAGGCGUUUGGAAAUUGCUCCCAAGGAUGAACCAGACUUGUGGAGGUCUACAAUUGUUUUUCUGAGGUCUUGGCUGAUUUAUUUUGAUUUUCACAUGAUGUCAAGCAAAGAGGCACUGAGUUUGAAGGUAGGCCUUGAAAUACAUCCACAGGUACACCUCCAAUUGACUCAAAUGAUGUCAAUUAGCCUAUCAGAAGCUUCUUAAGGCAUGACAUCAUUUUCUGGAAUUUUCCAAGCUGUUUAAAGGCACAGUCAACUUAGUGUAUGUAAACUUCUGACCCACUGGAAUUGUGAUACAGUGAAUUAUAAGUGAAAUAAUCUGUCUGAAAACAAUUGUUAGAAAAAUUACUUGUGUCAUGCACAAAGUAGAUGUCCUAACCGACUUGCCAAAACUAUAGUUUGUUAACAAGAAAUGUGUGGAGUGGUUGAAAAAUGAGUUUUAAUGACUCCAACCUAAGUGUAUGUAAACUUCCAACUUCAACUGUACAUAUUCAAAUAUGUAUAAUGGUACAUCAAAACAACACAUUUUAUUUAGUUAUACAUUUUUAUUAUUGCUCAGUGGCUUGCACUUGAUUUUAUCAAUGGAAAAUUAAAUGUGUGCUAUCGUCUCUCUACACUGUCUGAGCCCAAAGCCCACUGGGAAACGCAGCCACUGCUGCUCACAUCUGACCUGCUUUCGCAAAGAAAUAGGUUGAUGGAAUGGACAGAAUCAGUGCAAAUAAAAAAAUCUGUUCAUUUCUCCCCCUCUUACUGUGUUUCCUUUGCCAUCCUCCUGUCCUAUUUUCCACUGUCCCACCUUGUCCAUUUUCUCUUUCAGUGCAUUGCUGGUUUCGUGUUUAAUUGUCUAGUACAUUUAUCUUUCAGUAAAUCUCCCUCUCCAAUUCCCUCUCCCUAUCUGUUCUCACAGCAACAGUUCUCAAUUUAUGUUCCUUGCCUCUCUUUCUUCUAUAUCCACUCCUCCCAACCCUUUCCCUGGUGCGGCACUGCCUUGUUCUCCUGGCUGACCUGACAUUACUUUUUCCCUUUGUUGCCAUCAAAUAACAUCAAUAAAGCUUUCUCUCCUGUAGUCUAAAAUCACUGUAUAACUGCAAGAGGUUAAGGUGAAAAAAUGUGUUCCCUGAUUUGGCAUUCAUGGUCACACAGGAUGUUCUUCCCAGAAAAUGGCAAAGAGUAUGACAUUUAAAAGGGUUAGACUAAUAUCUGAUAUUCAGAUUUUAGACUCAAAUAUACUGUAGCAAUCCUCGCAAUAUGAGGCAGGUUACAAUUCCCACCAAGUGGGUUAACCCUAUUGGCACGAUAGGGUGUUUGCCUUUCACGUAAGUGACCUGGGUUCGCUUCCCUGCCUGGCUGCCCUGCUGUUCGCUACAUUGGUGUCAGAAGGCGGCAGUGUAGUGAUCCUUGCUAUAUGAGCCACGUUACAAUUCCCACCAAGUGGGUUAACCCUAUUGGCGCGAUGCGUAGGCCAGCGAUCUGGGUUCACUUCCCUGCCGUUCGCUACAAUAGGUACCAUAUAAAGAUAACAAUGGCAUGUUGUUGAUUUCACACUGUGCGUUCAUUAUCAACUUAAAUAAUGGCAUGAUUGGGAGGGGAAGGACUAGAAGGAUUGGAGUUGUACGGCCAGUACAGGACAGAGGCUCCUGUUCGCACAAAGCCCUGCUGAAUCAAUUAAUCUGGAUCAUUAUUCAUUUACAACAUCUCUGUCAGAGUUCCGUUCCUGUCUGCCCACAGAACAGACAGAAGAGAGGAAGGCUGCAUGGGGAAUGUCAUCUACAAUCAUCUGUCCUCCUUAUUCCCUUAUCCACAACACUUUCAGAGAAAGGAACACAAACACUCAGACAUUCCUUUUAAGAGUACAGGAAACAUUUAUAGUAGUGUUAUCUAACUGUGUUUCUAGGAGUCAAUUGUUUGUAGAGCAUCGUUUGCAAACCCGGCCUUGACAGAUGCUGCAUCUAUUUACAGAGAUGAAAAUGUUGUGAAAUAGAAGACAUUUGCUAAGUCCCCUAGCCUUACAUUGUAGUGCAACAGAGGGUACUAUCUAUACUACUAACAUAAACUGGAAGGAUAAGAAUGAAAAUUUGCCCUCAACACACAUACGGUAUACUCACAGAAUACAGAAAACAUUCAUACCUAAAGAUAUUUCUGUUUCUUUCUACCACUGCUCUUGACAUUGUGGGAUUUGGAAGAUCUUCUUUACCAUUUCCUGUCUUUCUCUGCAGCCCUAAAAAACAGCAUGUUGUGGGUUAUUGACCGGCAGAGCUUUCAGACCAUCAUGGUGCAGAGUGGCCUCAGCAGACUGGCCCAGUUCAGAGAGCUCCUCUGCAGGUAAAUACCACCCUCAUCACUACACAAGGAAAAUAUAUAUCUGUGUAAAAUUGAAAAUACAUACAGUGGGGAAAAAAAGUAUUUAGUCAGCCACCAAUUGUGCAAGUUCUCCCACUUAAAAAGAUGAGAGAGGCCUGUAAUUUUCAUCAUAGGUACACGUCAACUAUGACAGACAAAUUGAGCAUUUUUUUCUCCAGAAAAUCACAUUGUAGGAUUUUUUAUGAAUUUAUUUGCAAAUUAUGGUGGAAAAUAAGUAUUUGGUCACCUACAAACAAGCAAGAUUUCUGGCUCUCACAGACCUGUAACUUCUUCUUUAAGAGGCUCCUCUGUCCUCCACUCGUUACCUGUAUUAAUGGCACCUGUUUGAACUUGUUAUCAGUAUAAAAGACACCUGUCCACAACCUCAAACAGUCACACUCCAAACUCCACUAUGGCCAAGACCAAAGAGCUGUCAAAGGACACCAGAAACAAAAUUGUAGUCCUGCACCAGGCUGGGAAGACUGAAUCUGCAAUAGGUAAGCAGCUUGGUUUGAAGAAAUCAACUGUGGGAGCAAUUAUUAGGAAAUGGAAGACAUACAAGACCACUGAUAAUCUCCCUCGAUCUGGGGCUCCACGCAAGAUCUCACCCCGUGGGGUCAAAAUUAUCACAAGAACGGUGAGCAGAAAUCCCAGAACCACACGGGGGGACCUAGUGAAUGACCUGCAGAGAGCUGGGACCAAAGUAACAAAGACUACCAUCAGUAAUACACUACGCCGCCAGGGACUCAAAUCCUGCAGUGCCAGACGUGUCCCCCUGCUUAAGCCAGUACAUGUCCAGGCCCGUCUGAAGUUUGCUAGAGUGCAUUUGGAUGAUCCAGAAGAGGAUUGGGAGAAUGUCAUAUGGUCAGAUGAAACCAAAAUAGAACUUUUUGGUAAAAACUCAACUUGUCGUGUUUGGAGGACAAAGAAUGCUGAGUUGCAUCCAAAGAACACCAUACCUACUGUGAAGCCUGUGAAGCAUGGGGGUGGAAACAUCAUGCUUUGGGGCUGUUUUUCUGCAAAGGGACCAGGACGACUGAUCCGUGUAAAGGAAAGAAUGAAUGGGGCCAUGUAUCGUGAGAUUUUGAGUGAAAACCUCCUUCCAUCAGCAAGGGCAUUGAAGAUGAAACGUGGCUGGGUCUUUCAGCAUGACAAUGAUCCCAAACACACCGCCCGGGCAACGAAGGAGUGGCUUCGUAAGAAGCAUUUCAAGGUCCUGGAGUGGCCUAGCCAGUCUCCAGAUCUCAACCCCAUAGAAAAUCUUUGGAGGGAGUUGAAAGUCUGUGUUGCCCAGCGACAGCCCCAAAACAUCACUGCUCUAGAGGAGAUCUGCAUGGAGGAAUGGGGCAAAAUACCAGCAACAGUGUGUGAAAACCUUGUGAAGACUUACAGAAAACGUUUGACCUGUGUCAUUGCCAACAACGGGUAUAUAACAAAGUAUUGAGAAACUUUUGUUAUUGACCAAAUACUUACUUUCCACCAUAAUUUGCAAAUAAAUUCAUAAAAAAUCCUACAAUGUGAUUUUCUGGAUUUGUUUUUCUCAUUUUGUGUGUCAUAGUUGAUGUGUACAUAUGAUGAAAAUUACAGGCCUCUCUCAUCUUUUUAAGUGGGAGAACUUGCACAAUUGGUGGCUGACUAAAUACUUUUUUCCCCCACUGUAUUUGUGUAGAAUUGACACUAAUCUACAAUCUACGCCACUAUAGUAGAACAGUUCAAAUGUCCUAUGUUGUGAGUCAGUCGUCCUGAUGUUACCUGUGUGUUUGUCUGGCUGCAGAGUUCCCUUCCUGCGCUCGCUGCCAGAGGAUGUGCUCAUGAAAGUGUCUGAUAUUCUGGAAGAGGUACAGAACAUUAAUCUAUUAUACACAUUCUCUCCUCAGCUUCACUAACACAACAUGCUGUAGAAAAGGCAUGUUCCACAAACAGAAUCUAGUUAGCUGAUUAUUUUUUUAUGUUAUGCAAUAAUUAUUACCCAUCUGCUAUGCAUUCUCUAUUGACAGUUUACAGGCAUAUUUGCAUUGCAUUGGUGGCCUAAUCAGGUUGGCUCACAGACAACAUUUUACAUUUACAUUUACAUCAUUUAGCAGACGCUCUUAUCCAGAGCGACUUACAAAUUGGUGCAUUCACCUUAUAGCCAGUGGGAUAACCACUUUACAAUGUGUAUUUUAAUGUAUAUUUUUAAAUAAAUAAAAAAUGUGUGUUAUUUUAAUUUUUUAAUUUUUAAUUUUUUUGGGGGGUGGGGGGGGGGGGGGGGGGGGGGUGGGUUGGGGUAAGGGAGGGGUAGAAGGAUUACUUUAUCCUAUCCCAGGUAUUCCUUAAAGAGGUGGGAUUUCAAAUGUCUCCGGAAGGUUGUGAGUGACUCCGCUGUCCUGGCGUCGUGAGGGAGCUUGUUCCACCAUUGGGGUGCCAGAGCAGCGAACAGUUUUGACUGGGCUGAGCGGGAACUAUGCUUCCGCAGAGGAAGGGGAGCCAGCAGGCCAGAGGUGGAUGAACACAAUGCCCUCGUUUGGGUGUAGGGACUGAUCAGAACCUGAAGGUACGGAGGUGCCGUUCCCCUCACAGCUCCAUAGGCAAGCACCAUGGUCUUGUAACAGAUGCGAGCUUCAACUGGAAGCCAGUGGAGUGUGCGGAGGAGGGGGGUGACGUGAGAGAACUUGGGAAGGUUGAACACCAGACGGGCUGCGGCAUUCUGGAUGAGUUGUAGGGGUUUAAUGGCACAGGCAGGGAGCCCAGCCAACAGCGAGUUGCAGUAAUCCAGACGGGAGAUGACAAGUGCCUGGAUUAGGACCUGUGCCGCUUCCUGUGUAAGGCAGGGUCGUACUCUCCGAAUGUUGUAGAGCAUGAACGUACAGGAUCGGGUCACCGCCUUGAUGUUAGCGGAGAACGACAGGGUGUUGUCCAGGGUCACGCCAAGGCUCUUCGCACUCUGGGAGGAGGACACAACGGAGUUGUCAACCAUGAUGGCGAGAUCAUGGAACAGGCAGUCCUUCCCCGGGAGGAAGAACAGCUCCGUCUUGCCAAGGUUCAGCUUGAGGUGGUGAUCCGUCAUCCAUACUGAUAUGUCUGCCAGACAUGCAGAGAUGCGAUUCGCCACCUGGUUAUCAGAAGGGGGAAAGGAGAAGAUUAGUUGUGUGUCGUCAGCGUAGCAAUGAUAGGAGAGGCCAUGUGAGGAUAUGACAGAGCCAAGUGACUUGGUGUAUAGCGAGAAUAGGAGAGGGCCUAGAACUGAGCACGUGGUGCGGAGACAGCUUCUCGCCACGCCACUUGGUAGGAGCGACCGGUCAGGUAGGACGCAAUCCAAGAGUGAGCCGCGCCGGAGAUGCCCAGCUCGGAGAGGGUGGAGAGGAGGAUCUGAUGGUUCACAGUAUCAAAGGCAGCAGACAGGUCUAGAAGGACAAGAGCAGAGGAGAGAGAGUUAGCUUUAGCAGUGCGGAGAGCCUCCGUGACACAGAGAAGAGCAGUCUCAGUUGAAUGACCAGUCUUGAAACCUGACUGGUUUGGAUCAAAAAGGUCAUUCUGAGAGAGAUAGCAAGAGAGUUGGCUAAAGACGGCACGCUCAAUAGUUUUGGAGAGAAAAGAAAGAAGGGAUACUGGUCUGUAGUUGUUGACAUCAGAGGGAUCGAGUGUUGGUUUUUUGAGAAGGGGUGCAACUCUCGCUCUCUUGAAGACGGAAGGGACAUAGCCAGAUUCAUUAUUACAUAAUAUGGUUUAGUGCCCAUUUAAGUUUUUAUAGGCCUACUUGUUUUUUGGGGUUCAGCUUUCUUCUUCCUUUUAGUUCGGAAGGGACAUAGCCAGCGGUCAAGGAUGAGUUGAUCAGCGAGGUGAGGUAGGGGAGAAGGUCACCGGAGAUGGUCUGGAGAAGAGAGGAGGGGAUAGGGUCAAGCGGGCAGGUUGUUGGGCGGCCUGCCGUCACAAGUCGCAAGAUUUUAUCUGGAGAGAGAGGGGAGAAAGAAGUCAAAGCAUAGGGUAGGGCAGUGUGAGCAGGACCAGCAGUGUCAUUUGACUUAACAAACGAGGAUCGGAUGUCGUCAACCUUCUUUUCAAAGUGGUUGACGAAGUCAUCCACAGAGAGGGAGGAGGGGGGGGGGGGGGGAUUCAGCAGGGAGGAGAAUGUGGCAAAGAGCUUCCUAGGGUUAGAGGCAGAUGCUUGGAAUUUAGCGUGGUAGAAAGUGGCCUUAGCAGCAGAAACAGAUGAAGAAAAUGUAGAGAGGAGGGAGUGAAAAGAUGCCAGGUCCGCAGGGAGUCUAGUUUUCUUCCAUUUCCGCUCAGCUGCCCGGAGCUCUGUUCUGUGAGCUCGCAAUGAGUCAUCAAGCCACGGAGCUGGAGGGGAGGACCGAGCCGGCCGGGAGGAUAGGGGACAUAGAGAGUCAAAGGAUGCAGAAAGGGAGGAGAGGAGGGUUGAGGAGGCAGAAUCAGGAGAUUGGAGGGAGAAGGAUUGAGCAGAGGGAAGAGAUGAUAGGAUGGAAGAGGAGAGAGUAGCAGGAGAGAGAGACCGAAGGUUGCGACGGCGCAUUACCAUCUGUGUAGGGGCAGAGUGAGUAGUGUUGGAGGAGAGCGAGAGAGAAAAGGAUAAAAAGUAAUGGUCGGAGACUUGGAGGGGAGUUGCAGUGAGAUUAGUAGAAGAACAGCAUCUAGUAAAGAUGAGGUCAAGCGUAUUGCCUGCCUUGUGAGUAGGGGGGGACGGUGAGAGGGUGAGGUCAAAAGAGGAGAGGAGUGGAAAGAAGGAGGCAGAGAGAAAUGAGUCAAAUGUAGACGUAGGGAGGUUGAAAUCCCCCAGAACUGUGAGGGGUGAGCCAUCCUCAGGAAAGGAACUUAUCAAGGCGUCAAGCUCAUUGAUGAACUCUCCAAGGGAACCUGGAGGGCGAUAGAUGACAAGGAUAUUAAGCUUAAAUGGGCUAGUGACUGUGACAGCAUGGAAUUCAAAUGAGGAGAUAGACAGAUGGGUUAGGGGAAAAAUUGAGAAUGUCCACUUGGGAGAGAUGAGGAUUGCUGUGCCACCACCCCGCUGACCAGAUGCUCUCGGGGUAUGCGAGAACACAUGGUCAGACGAGGAGAGAGCAGUAGGAGUAACAGUGUUUUCAGUGGUAAUCCAUGUUUCCGUCAGCGCCAAGAAGUCGAGGGACUGGAGGGUAGCAUAGGCUGGGAUGAAGUCUGCCUUUUUGGCAGCCGAACGGCAGUUCCAGAGGCUGCCUGAGACCUGGAACUCCAGGUGGGUGGUGCGUGCAGGGACCACCAGGUUAGAGAGGCAGCAGCCACGCGGUGUGAGGCAUUUGUGUAGCCUGUGCGGAGAGGAGAGAACAGGGAUAGGCAGAGGCAUAGUUGACAGGCUGCAGCAAAUGGCUACAAUAAUGCAGAGGAGAUCGGAAUGAAAUGAACUAAACAUCUGGGAAAGGAGAGAGCGGGGCCUGCCUCAGCACAACUCCCAAAUAUAACUCUCCCAACUUCCACCUCAGAAACUAUAAUUGUUGUAAACUACAGCGGUUCAAUGUUUCUAGGAAUAGACUAACUCAGUUUAUUCAGCUAGCUAACUAGGUGCAUCUCUGUGUUGAUUGGUUGGUGAUGUACACAUGCCAGGAUUCUCAACAUCUCACAUGCUACAUAUCCCUUCUCCCCCUGCCUUCAUACUGUUACUUCAUAAUUUACCUCUUAUUUCUAACUCCCAUCUCCCAUUUUCCCACCUAUCCACCAUCUCUCACCUGUCUGUCUCAACAGAGUCGCUACAGUGAAGGUGAUUAUAUUAUUCGCCAGGGUGCCACAGGGGACACGUUCUACAUCAUCAGUAGUGGCCAGGUAAGGAUGAGGAUGGCUGAACCUUACCUUGAACUCAAUAAACAAGCUUCAACUAGUGGAGGACAGAAAUAGGCAUCUACAGGGGUUAGUCUGACACAACAACUGUACUGGCACAGUUGGUGCUAAUUAAUCAGUGCAUCUCCACAUUUCAAAGAUGACAUGAAAGAGACAAGACAGAUAAUCAGUCUCUACCCCCUCUAUCUACCUCCUAGGUGAAGGUGACAGAGAAGAAGUCAGCCAAUGAUGAGGCAGUACUCCUGUCAACUCUCUCUGAGGGCCAUUGGUUUGGAGAGAAAGCACUGAGGGGGUGAGAAACAGUAAUUCAUCAUGUGCUUUUAUCCAAAGGUCUGUUAUACAGCAGCUUACAUUUGUACACAUUACAUUGCUUGAUAUAUAUUGACAUACUAGCUCUCUCAUAUCACAAAUCUCAUUAACCACUAGACAGUUAUAGUUAUAGAGUAAUAGAACAUACAUACAUUAUACUGUAUGGAUAAUUCAGCUAUUACUAAGCCAACACUGUCCAAGUUUGUCUCAUCUGGGGAAUGAGACAUACUCUCCCCAUGUGAUUGCAUUUUGCUCAUCAUGUUGUCCCUCAUAAACAACUACAAUCAAUAGGACAGUGGGAACUAGUGACAAUAUGCAAAUUCAUAAUGAAUCUAUCUUGGUCAAAUGAUAGUAAUAAAAGCUACAUAGGGUCUCACAGAUUUCAAGAGAAUAUUCUGAGCGAUAACAUUUUCUGUCUGCAUGGUGUCAGUGCUGUUGUCAUUUAUUGGCAUGCCAUUUUGAUAACCUUUCAAUUACAAACCUUUUGCUCCAUUUCCAGAGAGGAUGUGCGGACAGUGAAUGUAAUUGCUGCUGGUGAUGUCACAUGCCUGGUUGUGGAUAGAGAGUAAGUGAUUUGUUUAGACUAUGGCAUGAUUAUUUGAGAAUGUUGCACAUUCUGCUUCAUUCUCAUCCUCUUAUUUGUAGAAUAUGUAGAACAGAUCUCCAACAUGCACGCAAUGCCCCACCACGGUGUCCCCCAAGCACACAGUGCCAGUAUAGUUUUUAUUAGCCACUUUGUUAUGAUGUGAAAAUGGUUCAAAAUGUUUUAAGUGACCUGAGACCAUAUCAUUUUUCAUCAGGUCUUUCAAAAAUAUCAUAGGUUUGGUGGAGGACAGUAAUACUGUGCACAAGAGCAGCGAACUCAAUGCCCAGUAAGUAGCAACGGAAACUAUAGCUAACACUUUACAGCCAACAGGUAUAUUGCAUUAGUAUUUGUUAUAAGCAUGGUAUAAACCUUUAUAAUGUCUUAUCAUAAGGCUUACAUGUUUUGUCUCUUUAUCUCUGUUUGUAUUUUAAUGAGCCUUGAUCCAAAUGAACCAUUUUUAUGUAUUUAAUCUUUAUUUAGAACAAGUAAAGCAACAUGGGCUAACCCAUCUUUUCCAUGUGAGCAGGUCAGAGGAAGAUGCAGCUCUCCUCUCCAACGCGUCUCUCAGAGAUUUCCAGGUCAUCUGUAACCUAGGAGAGGGGGAAACCGGUCAUUCAGAGCUGGUGAGUUGUUUCAAGUUUUAUUAGUCGUAUGGGAUAUGCAUGGAAUACCUUAUCCAAGGAAAUACUUACUUGCAGGUUCCUUCUUGACAAUGCAACAACAAUAAAGAAGAAUAAAAUAUAAGAAUGCAAACAUAAAGUAAAUGGCAGUAGAAUAGAAGAAACAUUUUAGCAUAAGUAUUAUAUAGGAAGGCACAAUUUAUAAUCCAAUAUUUACAUGUGUAUUGGGGAAGGGGGGGAUGGGGGACAGUAUAUAAUUUGAGCAGUAUAAUAAGAGUCUGGUAGCAGCAGUUGUGAUGUGUGUGCAGCAUGAAUGUAUAUGUGUGUGUGUGUGUAUAUCUGUGUGGGUGUGUGCAUGAGUGAGUGCAUGUGUGCUAAGGUGAAGAGAAUCAGAGCAGGUGGUCAGUCCAGUUCAAGUGUUCAGCAGUCUGAUGGCUUGUAGAUAGAAACUGUCUCUGAGCCUGUUGGUAUCAGACCUCAUGCUCCGAUACUGUAUGUCCGACGGUAAGGGAGAGAACAGCUCGUGGCUGGAGUGUGUGGGGCCCUUGAUGAUGCUGUGUGCCUUCCUCAGGCACCGUUUCAAGUAGAUGUCCUAGAUGGGUGGGAGCACGGUCCCAGUGAUGUACUGGACCGUCUUCACCACGCGCAGGAGGGCCUCUCAAUGGUGCAGCAGUAGUAUUUGGAGAGAAGCUUUGGUGCCCUCUUGGGAAGAGUGGUGAUGUUGUUGGUCCAUGACAAGUCCUCUGUGAUGUUGAUGCCGAGGAACUUAAAACUUGUGACUCUCUCUACUGCAGUACCGUUGAGGUUUUUGUCAUGACACCGUAAGGCCAGUUCACUGACUUGUCGUUGUUGGUUAUCAGGCCUACAACCGUGGUGUCGUCAGCAAACUUGAUGGUGGAGUUGGUGUCGUGCAAAGCCACGCAGUCGUGGGUGAACAGGGAGUACAGCAGAGGACUGAUGACACACCCUUGGGGGGCCCCUGUGUUAAGAGUCAGUGUGGAGGAGGUGUUGUUGUGGAUCUGUUGGAGCGGUAUAAAAUUGGAGUGGGUCCAGUGUGCCUGGCAUGCUGGCCUUGGCGAUAGUCAUUUGGGCAUGUCACCUUGUUUUUCUUUGGCACUGGGACGAUGGUGGUCUCCUUAAAGCAGGUGGGGACUACAGCCUGGGUUAGGGACAGGUUGAAGAUGUCAGAGAAGACGCCCGUGAGCUGGUCAGCACACACUCUGAACCAGGGAUGCCAUCUGGGCCGGUGGCUUUGUGAGUAUUCACUCUUUUGAGAGCUUUCCUCACGUCAGCCUAAAGACUCCAAGACCAUGAGGAACAAGAUUCUCUGGUCUGAUGAAAGCAAGAUUGAACUCUUUGGCCUGAAUGCCAAGCGUCACAUCUGGAGGAAACCUGGCACCAUCCCUACGGUGAAGCAUGGUGGUGGCAGCAUCAUGCUGUGGGGAUGUUUUUCAGUGGCAGGGACUGGGAGACAGGAUCGAGGCAAAGAUUGUAAACAAAGUACUGAGUAAAGGGUCUGAAUACUUAUUAAAAUGUGUGGGGGGGGGGGUUAUAUAUAAAAACCUGUUUUUGCUUUGUCAUUAUUGGGUAUUCUGUGUAGAUUGACCAAUUUAAUCAAUUUUAGAAUUGUGUGUAGAUUGACCAAAACCAAUUUAAUCAAUUUUAGAAUAAGGCUGUAACGUAACAAAAUGUGGAAAAAGUCAAGGGGUCUGAAUACUUUCCGAAGGCACUGUAUAUUACUCAUUGUUGAUGGAUGAAUCCUGGGUGGAUGAAUCUUUGAACAUAUUCCAAUCAGUAUUCUCAAAACAAUCCUGCAGCAUUGAGUCUGCCUCCUCUGUCCAGCGCCUCACUAUUCUCUGUGUUGGUGGCUCCCUCUUGAGUUGCUGCUUGUAGCCGGGGAGUAGGAACAGCAACGUGAUCUAAUUGGCCGAAGUUGGGAGUAAGUAGUGUGUCAAGCUUGAAACUGUCAGUAAAUCCCAAUGCAUUAUUGUCUGGUUUCCAUGUUGCUUUUAAUGGAUAAACCUACAUGUUGUUGUUAAUGUUUUUGCAUUCCUCCUAGGUACAGCUUAAGUCCAACAUCAACUGCCUGUUCACCAUGAGGGUGUUGAGGAAGCAUCAGAUCCUAAGCACUGCUAAACAGGAGUGCAUCCUGAGGGAAAGACACAUCCUCAUGGCAGCUCAUAGUCCAUUCAUUGUCAGGUGUGCUGUGCACCCACCCACCAGCCAAACAUACCUAGGCCGGGAUUCAAUCCGAUCACGGGUUAUAGGCAUUGCGGCUUAGGCAAUGUUCUGCCGUUCACGGAGAUCCCAUUCACUGUAUAAAAGCUGCAUAUAUCGGCUCAAAAAAACCUUUAAAAACUGCAAUGCCUAUCACCUGCGAUCGGAUUGAAUCCUUGAACAAAUCUUACCCUGGUGAACUCACUAUAUGCUUAUCAACUGUACAACAUCUGUGUCUUCUUUGCCACUCAUAGGUUACACCGUACCUUCAGAGAUGCAAAGUGCCUGUACAUGCUGACAGAAGCUUGCCUAGGUGGUGAGCUCUGGAAUCUACUGAAAGACAGGUACUGCUAACGGCACUACUGUCUACAUGUGAUUUUUGUAUAUUUUGCAGUAUGGAUUUUAUAACUGAAUUGAUAGCGUUUGAAUACUUAUUUUUAGGGCACAACAUCAGUAUGUCCCAUGAAACUUGCUAAUCACUACGGUGCUCUUGCUCCUACAUUUCAGAGGCUCAUUUGAUGACAGUAGCACACGUUUUUACACUGCCUGUGUUGUUGAGGCCCUUAUCUUCCUGCACCACAACAGUAUCACAUACAGGGAUCUGAAGCCUGAGAAUGUAGUUCUGGACCAGCGCGGAUAUGCCAAAGUGGUAACAUGACUAGAGCUCCUUUCACUGCAUUUCAAACCCACACAAGAUGGAAUAUAAUAUAGUAAUUGUCAAUUUUGCACAUGGUUACACAAACAAAUACAGUACGUUCAAAGGUUACAGUUAUAUUAGCAUACAUAGAACUGUUUCACUUUGGAAAAUAUAGGUUAUGGAUCCAUUGAGAUACUGAACAUCCAUAUUCAUGACUUGACUGUGCUACCCUUCUUAGGUGGGGUUUGGUUGUGCUAAGAAAGUGGGCUUGGGUAAGAAGACAUGGACAUUCUGUGGCACACCUGACUAUGUGGCCCCUGAGAUCAUCCUGAACAAGGGGCACAGUGUGUCUGCAGAUCUCUGGUCUCUAGGCGUCUUUGUGUUUGAACUGCUGAGUGGAAGGUAAGAUUAUAAGAUAGUCAAUUUCUCUCCAGAGCUCCAGUGUUUUGUCCCAUUUUUUGUUCUCUGUUGUUCUCGUCUCUGUCAGGCAUUCUCAUAGAUCAAUCUUUACCUUUCCAGUCUCCCAUUCUGUGGCCCUGAUCCUAUGAAGACGUUCACAGCCACCAUCCGUGGGAUUGACCUGGUUGAAUUCCCUAAAACCAUCAGUAAGAGUGCCUCAAGCCUGAUCAAGAAGCUCUGCAGGUGUGACACAUUUAGCAAUGACUGAAAACAGUCAUUCAUUGUAUCACACUUCCUCAGCUAUUAGUUGUGUGUCAUGAUGACUCUCUGUCCUGGUCUCUCAGGAACAACCCUGCAGAGAGACUGGGGAAUCAGAGAAACGGGGCCAAGGACAUCCAGAAGCACAAGUAAGAUGAAAGGCUGAGAUGAAAACAUCCGACUGUGUCACUGUCAUCUAUAUAGCAGCAGGUUAUAGUCUGUUAUCUUGUUCUUUCUUUCAGGUGGUUUGAAGGUUUCAACUGGGAAGGACUUCGCAAAAGCACUUUGGCUCCACCAAUCAUACCCAAAGUAAGUACUAGGCAGAGCUAUAUGUUAAUUAGUCAUAAGACAACAUGCUUCAGCAACUGCAUAAGAAUAGUUAUUGCACAGGUAGCUGUACAGGUCUGACCAUUGCUGACUACUUCUGGUUUGAUAUAUAUACUGAACAAAAAUAUAAAAGCAACAUGCAACAAUUUCAAAGAUUUUACUGAGUUACAGUUAUAUAAGGAAAUUAGUCAAUUGAAAUAAAUUAAUUAGUCCCUAAUCUAUGGAUUUCACAUGACUGGGCAGGGGUGCAGCCAUAGGUGGGCCUUGGAGGGCAUAGCCCCUGUCACGGAAUCAGCCGAGGCUGCUCCUCCUCCUUGCUCGGGCAGGCUUCGGCGUUCGUCGUCCCCGGAGUACUAGCUGGCACCGAUCUAUGUUUCUGUGUUUGACUUGUUUUGUCUUGAUUGUGUACACCUGUUUCCUAUUAUGUUGUAUUGUAUUCCCUAUAUAACCCUCUGUCGUUCAUUGUGUGUUGUGUGUGAUUGUUCUCGUCAUUUUCGGCAGUUGCUAUUGUGCGGGUAUUCCCCUCCCUGUUUGGAGGUUGUUUUGUACUCUGGUUACUUUGUUAGUAAAAGUACGUUUCCAGUAGCUCGGUGUCCUGCGUUUGACUUCGCCUACCGCAUUCACGUCGCACUUUGACAGCCCCACCCACUUGGCAGCCAGGCAACACUCACUGGGGAGCCAGGCCCAGCCAAUCAGAAUGAGUUUUUCCACACAAAAGGGCUUUAUUACAGACAAAGAUACUCCUCAACAACCCCCCCGAUCCUGCAGGUGAAGAAGCCGGAUGUGGAGGUCCUGGAUUGGCGUGGUUACACAUGUUCUACGGUUGUGAGGCCGGUUGGACGUACUGCCAAAUUCUCUAAAAGAUGUUGGAGGCAGCUUAUGGUAGAGAAAUUAACAUUCAAUUAUCUGGCAACAGCUCUGGUGGACAUUGCUGUAGUCAGCAUGCCAAUUGCACGCACCCUCAAAACUUUAGUCAUCUGUGGCAUUCUGUUGUUUUAAAGUGGCCUUUUAUUGUCCCCAGCACAAGGUGCACCUGUGUAAUGAUCAUGCUGUUUAAUCAGCUUCUUGAUAUACCACAUCUGUCAGGUUGAUGGAAUAUGUUGGCAAAGGAGAAAUGCUCACUAACAGGGAUGUAAACAAAUUUGUGCACAACAUUUUAGAGAAAUACGCUUUUUGGGCGUAUGGAAUGGGGUAUUUUUUAUUUCAACUAAUGAAACAUAGGACCAACACUUUACAUGUUGCAUUUAUAUUUAUGUUCAGUGUAUAUAUACAGUGCCUUCAGAAAGUAUUCAGACCCCUUGACUUUUUCUACAUUUUGUUAGGUUACAGCCUUAUUCUAAAAUUGAUUUUUUUUUUAUUCCCUCAUCAAUCUACACAAUACCACAUAAUGACAAAGCAAAAACAGGUUUUUAGAAAUGUUUGCUAAUUUAUAAAAAAUAAAAAACAGAAAUAUCACAUUUACAUAAGUAUUCAGACUCUUUACUCAGUACUUUGUUGAAACACCUUUGGCAGCAAUUACAGCCUUGAGUCUUCUUGGGUAUGACGCUACAAGCUUGGCACACCUGUAUUUGGGGAGUUUCUCCCAUUCUUCUCUGCAGAUCCUCUCAAGCUCUGUCAGGUUGGAUGGGGAGCGUUGCUGCACAGCUAUUUUCAGGUCUCUCCAGAUAUGUUCGAUCGGGUUCAAGUCCGGGCUCUGGCUGGGCCACUCAAGGACAUUCAGAGACUUGUCCCGAAGCCACUCCUGCGUUGUCUUGGCUGUGUGCUUAGGGUCGUUGUCCUGUUGGAGGGUGAACCUUCGCCCCAGUCUGAGGUCCUGAGUGCUCUGGAGCAGGUUUUCAUUAAGGAUCUCUCUGUACUUUGCUCUGUUCAUCCUUACCUCGAUCUUGACUAGUCUCCCUGUCCCUGCCACUGAAAAACACCCCCACAGCAUGAUGCUGCCACCACCAUGCUUCACCGUAGAGAUGGUGCCAGGUUUCCUCCAGAAGUGACACUUGGCAUUCAGGCCAAAGAGUUCAAUCUUGGUUUCAUCAGACCAGAGAAUCUUGUUUCUCAUGGACAGAGUCUUUAGGUGCCUUUUGGCAAACUCCAAGCGGGCUAUCAUGUGCCUUUUACUGAGGAUUGGCAUCCAUCUGGCCACUCUACCAUAAAGUCCUGAUUGGUGGAGUGCUGCAGAGAUGGUUGUCCUUCUGGAAGGUUCUCCCAUCUCCACAGAGGGAUUCUAGAGCUCUGUCAGAGUGACCAUCGGGUUCUUGGUCACCUCCCUGACCAAGGCCCUUCUCUUGCUCAGUUUGGCCGGGUGGCCAGCUCUAGCAAGAGUCUUGGUGGUUCCAAACGUCUUCCAUUUAAGAAUGAUGGAGGCCACUGUGUUCUUGUGGACAUUCAAUGCUGCAGAAUUUUUGUUUGUACCCUUCCCCAGAUCUGUGCCUCGACACAAUCCUGUCUCGGAGCUCUAUGGACAAUUCCUUCGACCUCAUGGCUUGGUUUUUGCUCUGACAUGCACAGUCAACUGUGGGACCUUAUAUAGACAGGUGUGUGCCUUUCCAAAUCAAUUGAAUUUACCACAGGUGGACUCCAAUCAAGUUGUAGAAACAUCUCAAGGAUGAUCAAUGGAAACAGGAUGCACCUGAGCUCAAUUUUGAGUCUCAUAGCAAAGGGUCUGAAUACUUAUGUAAAUAAGGUAUUUCUGUUUUUUAUUUUUUAUUAAUUUGCAAACAUUUCUAAAAACCUAUUUUCGCUUUGUCAUUAUUGGGUAUUGUGUGUAGAUUGCUGAGGAUUUGUAUUUAUUUAAUCCAUUUUAGAAUAAGGCUGUAACGUAACAAAAUGUGGAAAAGGUCAAGGGUCUGAAUACUUUCCGAAGGCACUAUAUACUUACAUAUUGUAUUUUACCAUUAUAAAUAUUAUUUUUUCAGUUCAUCAGUCACUUGGAGGACAGCAAAUUGGACCCCUUCACUGACAUGCUUGAGGACUCACCAGCUGUUGAGGACUCAGAGUGGGACAUAGAUUUCUGAUUGAAAAAUAUAAUUUUUAUCUGGGUUGAAUCCUACACAUGAUCUGAUACGAAAAUAGUUUUUGGAAAUUCAACUGAGGAGACAGAGAAAUGGAAUGUCAUUGUGUUCAACAUUCUUUGAUUUCAACUGGUUUGAAUAUUUUGUAAUUCUAUCUUUUGUAAACUAGCAAAGAAGUGAAUGUUGAUAGCUGUUCCUGUAUUAUUAUGUGAUAUUUCUUACUGUGUAUUAUUGUUUUACCAAAAGUGUUAUGUAGGCUAUCUCAAUUCAUAAACCUAUGAGUCAACAUCUGAUUAUUUGUAAUUAAAUAAAUAUACAAAUACAUAAUCUGAGCUUCAUCAUGCAUCCAAUAACUGGUUGUUAAAUCACAGGAUGUUUUAGAGCACUUUAAUUAAUUAAAAAAAAUUAAUCACCUCCAAUAUUUGUUGAGUUGAGAUAUAAUGUGCUUGACUAAUUCAAAAGCUUUUUUUUCUCUCAUGAUCAUUAAUUUCAAGAGCAAUAGACUAGCUACAGACAUCAUCUCUCAGGCCCCUCAUCUCUCUGGCCCCUCUCUAUACUGCCACCUACCGGAGACCUCAUCUCUCAGGCCCCUCAUCUCUCUGGCCCCUCAUCUCUCAGGCCCCUCAUCUCUCUGGCCCCUCUCUAUACUGCCACCUACCGGAGACCUCAUCUCUCAGGCCCCUCAUCUCUCUGGCCCCUCAUCUCUCAGGCCCCUCAUCUCUCUGGCCCCUCUCUAUACUGCCACCUACCGGAGACCUCAUCUCUCAGGCCCCUCAUCUCUCUGGCCCCUCUCUAUACUGCCACCUACCGGAGACCUCAUCUCUCAGGCCCCUCAUCUCUCAGGCCCCUCUCUAUACUGUCACCUACCGGAGACCUCAUCUCUCAGGUCCCUCUUAUCUCUCAUGCCCCUCCCCACAUCUCUCAGGCCCCUCAUCUCUCUGGCCCCUCUCUAUACUGCCACCUACCGGAGACCUCAUCUCUCAGGCCCCUCUUAUCUCUCAUGCCCCUCCCCACAUCUCUCAGGCCCCUCAGUGACAAACCGCCCAGGGAAAACAAACCCCCUCUUUCAACUGGCUCUUGGAUGCUUCUCUUUCUAUUGGCUCAUGACUACUUUAUCGUUCUACGGGUCGCAGUAGCAGCCAUUUUUUAAACUUCAUUUUGAUUUGCCUACCUAAAUCGAAAUAGCCUACCGUUCCUGGUUUAUAUGCUUAUUUAGAAGUAUUUUAUUCAUGGAAUGCUGCUCAUGUCACUAUACCAAUUGUUUAAUUGACUUGUUUAUUUCAUUCUAUUUGGGAGACAACAAAUGUAACCAUAUUUUGCAUUAUUGAAAUAUUGUGAAUUAUGUUGGAUGAUGACAAUAAUCCUGUCUGACAUGUAGAGAGUUCAGUUCUAUGGCAAUCUCUGAGAGAUGAGAGGGGCCUGAGGAUGAGGGGGAGGUGCCUGAGAUAUCUCUAGUUGGUGGCAUUAUAGAAAGGAGCCUGAGAGAUGAGGUCUCCAGUGAUCGGCGUAUGCGCACGUGGAAGGGGCGAUGGAAGACGCAGGCCAAGAUGUCGACACAAGUCCACAGGAUAGAAUAGACGCCGGAAGGGAAAGGAGGGGGAAAAUGGAGUCCUUUGAGAAGGCAAGAAACAGAUAUUGGUUAGGAGAAGUGCAGUAUUAUCAUAAGGAGACGUAUACUUGGAUGAAUGAGGAUGAAUGGAGGGAAAAAGAGAGGCAGAGGAGGUCUAAGAGAGAGAGGGAGGAAGACUGAGUUUGAGUCAGUAAAAAAUGGCGGGGAAAAGGGAGAAGGUUUGUUAAAGAAAAGUGGUAGGAAAUGUAAGCAAAGUGAGCUGAAGACAGGAGGAGAAAUGGAAGUGAAUGAGGGUGAAGUAUCGGAGGUGGUAGGUGUGGUGAAGUGCUCGGAGCCAGAGCCUUGCACAGAGGGUCAGGAUAAAGAUGAGUCUGUGACAGUAGGAGUGAAGUUUGUGGAAAAAGUGGAUCCUUGCCUUUUGGCUGAUCCAUUUGUGGUUUCAAGAUGGGUGAAAAAAAGCAUUGGGUAUAGUGGAAUCGGUGAGGGUAACCAGAAGUGGUCUAGUGAUAAUUGUUUGUGUUUCUGUUGGGCAGAGGGAGAAGGCGCUCAGAGUUAAACAAGAAAAGGGCGCCAUUGAAAGGAGUGAUUACUGGGGUAGUAGUAAAUGUAAAAGUGGAUCAACUGAAGGAGAAGAUUCCUGGUGUGUGUGAUGCUCGUCGUUUGGUGCGACACAAACAGGGGGGCGAGAGUGGGGAAACAGAAGAGUCAUUGUCUGCUCUUUUGAGUUUUGAAGUUGAGUCUUUGCCUGACAAAGUAAAAAUUAGGAUAUAUAAGUUAUCCUGUGCGAGCUUAUGUGCCGAGUACAUUACGAUGUUACAGGUGUCAAACUUAUGGGCAUGUGGCAGCAGUAUGUAGGAGGGAGAUUCCAAGGUGUGAGAAGUGUGCAGAAGGGCAUGAGACAAAGGAGUGUGAAGCAGUGGGGAAAGUGGUGGUAUGUGCUAAUAGUAGGGGUGGCCAUGGGGCUGGGGAUCAGCCAUGUCCAGUGCGAGAGAAGCAGGUUGAGGUUUCCAGGGUAAGAUUAGAGAAGAAAUUGUCAUAUGUGGAGGCAGUGAAGAAAGUAGAGGAAGAGGGGUCAAUGGGGGUAGUGGUGAGAGUAGGAGAUAUAUACCAGUACAGUGGGAUAGGCAAGCAAGUGAUAUAUGUUUCAGUAAGAUUGGAUUUUUAGCGUUUAUAGCAAUGGUUAUUAAUUGUACUGCAGGGAUGGAACGUAAGUCGAAGAAAAUUGAAGUUGUGGUGGCAGCUGCAGAGAGAUAUUUGGGUGUGCGAGACUUGACAGCAGAAGAGUUACAGAGAGUGUUAAGUGGUGAUGUCCCAUCAUUUCAGGUUGAGGGCAUGAGGUAGGAGUGAGUAUAUUUAAAUAGUGGAGAAGGGUGGGGUUAAUUAUUAGUAAUAGUUUUGAAUGUGUGAGUGUAGUGUUAGAUGGUAGGAUAUUUAUUUGGUUUGUUUUAUUUUAUUUUUCAAGGAAAGAUAAGGGAGUUGUACUCCAGUCUAGUAGGUGGCGGUAAUGCAACAAAUUGGAUGCCAACCGCCGUUAAACCUCAUGGAAGAAGAAGAAGAGGUCUCCAGUAGGUGGCAGUAAAGAGUGGGGCCUGAGAGAUGAGGUCUCCAGUAGAUGGCAGUAUAGAGAGGGGCCUGAGAGAUGAGGUCUCCAGAUGUACCCCUCUCAAGAAGAGGGGGGUUAAGGGUUACACUUUGGUAUGUUUGGUGGCGGGUGGUGAUUUCGCUACUCCUGUCGAAGUAGAGGAACACAAUUUGAAGAAAAUCGGGUGACUUAGAUUUUAUUCAGGUAAGAGUCAGUUGCGUUGAGACUUGUGAAACGACUUCUUUAAAACUGUGGGGAAAGUUCUCUACUAGGUACAAAUUAACUAGAGUAGGUAAUUGGAACACACUUUGUAGUGACACUAUUGGAUACAAAGUAGCGUACUCAACGUGGCAUAAGUGCAAUACACUUACAACCUGUUUACCAUUUCCAUUCGAUACUAGCUUUGAAACAGGUACAGUACAGUUUUGACGAUGUUGAGUUGUCCUGCACUAUUCUGUAAAUGAAGAGAGAGAGUCAGAGGCGUGUGUCUAUUCUGAAGAUGAUGCAUGUUAAAUUAUGUAUUGCCAUGAAUGGGACAGAAAUUCGAUUUUCGAGCUCACCAUCAAUCUGGCUGUUUUUAGUUACAUUGUAGCCUUUUAUUUUGCAAGCUACAGUAUUAGUUAACACCCCAAUAUCUACACAGUAACUGAAAGACAAAAUAUUCUAAACUUUGCAAUACAUGGUAAGAAAUUGUCAGCUGCCAUAACAGUAGGUUAUCAGUUUCAAGGAAGGAUAUAUUUCAAAUACUUCUUUGUACUUUUAAUUCUAGCAUAUGAGGUGAAAACACCCUUUGCAGAAUUAUGUGGUCCUUCUUUUUCCCCAAACAAAGGUAAGUGCUAUAUGGCUUGAAACCAAUGGUAUUUGGCCAGCUGGACCAAACCCGUGUAUAGCUUGAGUUCUUUGGCAUUCCUCCUAUUGCAGUUCAUGCUGUACAGUUACCCGAAAUAAUGUCUGGCUGCAUGUACCCAUGUGUCUUCAUUUAGUUUGUUUUUGCAAGGGCUUUGUGCCAUUGCCUUAAUAUUGAAGUCUAUGUCUGUCAAUGGAAACCACAGGCAAGGUGUUAAAAAGUUGUCGAUGUUGCUGGAAUGCAGUCUGGGCAGGGCUGAGUUGGCACACUGUUGUGUUGCUGGUACAGUCAGACAGUGGAGGUAAAGUAACACUGUGGAUAAAGUAACACUGUGGACAGCUGAAGUUUGUGUCCAUUUAUGCAUAGUGCGCUGUGCUGCUUUAGUGUACAAACACACAUUCUAGACAGGCCCUCCUUUUAAUCAAUACCAUGGGAGUCUAAUGAUGGUGGUAGGAGUGCUGCAAAGACCUCCUGUGUUCUUUGUGUGUGUGUGUUGACUAGAGUGAUGGCCUCUGCUCUGCUCUGUCUGCUCCUGGACUGUUAAUCUUCCCAGCAGCCCAUCAUGGUGAUGGUUACCGUGCCUUCUGUUUUCCUCUCCAUCGCCUUUCCCUUCCCAAAACCCUAAUUGUGACUAUGUCUGUGUUCUUCACGCUUCAUUUGGGAAUCACAGCCGGGAAAACAAUGUGCAUUUCAUUCUCUCUCCCCCUUACUCUCUCACUCAUUCACUAACCUCACGUGUCCCCAGUGCUCUUCCCAUCUCCACUCAGACCCCUUGCUUCUGUGACCACAUGGAAGCAGUGCAAAAUGUACUAAACCUUUGGUAUACUGCUAGGCUAUGCUGUUGCUCAGUCCUUCCUCUCUCACCUGUAGUUUUCUGGGUCAGAGAAUAACAUUUUCUGCCAUUUUUCUUUCAUCAGGGAUGGCCUUCGAAGCCAACAUGACAUUUGCUCACACA